AUGGAGAGAUGCCCUGGCGUCUCCAUGAGAACUGGGGUCAAGGAGGAGGAUGGACCCCCAAGCUGCCCCAUGGAGGCCUGUGAGGAGGCUGAGCAGGCAGAUGUGGUCCUUAGGGCCAUCGAGGGCAUGAAGGACAGCAGUGCCUACAACACCUCAGCGGCAACACACGUGCUCGAGGAUAUGAUGGGAUACUGCGCUGCCAAGCCAGAACACUUGCAGCUGACUGUGGCACAUAUCUAUGAGCACCUGCCAGGCAUCAGUGAGGCCGCAGCCCGGGACAUGCUCAAGACCUUCCUUCUCCGCCUGACAUGCCACUACCCCAGUGAGGUGGUCACUGGCCUGCUGAGCUGCUCCCCGACCUGUGACAGUGUUGCCGUGGCCAUGUGGGAGGUGAUGGUCUCCCAGUCUUUGACAGCGGAGAAGGUGCUGCAGGAGCUGCUCUGUGUGCUGCAGGAGCGGCCCUUCUGCAAACCGGGCACCACCAUCAAGGACCUCAGCUGCAUCCUCCCUCUGACCGCAACCCGGGCACUGAACAUCAUCCUCCUGCAGCACACGUGCAAGCAGCAGGUGAAGGCACUCUUCCCCCGCCUCUACCUGGCGCUCUUCUUCCAGCUGUCCUUUACCAUCGUCUGUGCGCAAGAGGACAUCCCUGCCUUCAGCCGUGAGGGCAAACUCAUGCCUCACAGGCCUGUCAGGGUGGUGGUGCAAGCCAUGCAGGCGUUGUUGUGCUGCAGCGGCUAUAGGGAGCAGGUCACUGCCAUGCAGCAGCGAGGUGGCUGGGACAUGAUCAGCCAGCCUGAGACUCACCUCACGGGGGUGACCUUGCUGGCCAGGCAGAUGCAGGGCAACCCCCUGGAGGAGCGUACUGAGGUCUUCCUGAACCUGAGCGUGGCCCUGAGGGGCAAGGACAGGUGCCAGGAGAUCCCUUCUAUGGCCUUCUUCAUCGAGCUGCUGCAGUGCCCUGAUCUGUGCGCGGCAGAUGACGAGGUGGCACUGAGCCUCUGCCAGGAGCAGCUGGGCAACGAGCGCCGAGUCAUGCGCUGGCUGGCGCUCCGCGGCCUCCUCUUCCUCUCUGAGAGACCCGCCACAGCAAGGAAGAUGCAGAAGCUGAUCCCGGACAUGGUGAAGCAGCUGCAGGACGCUGACGGGGAGACAGAUGCCAAAGCGCUGGUGGUGCUGAGUAACGUGCUGCACCACAUCACCCCAUCGCAAAGCAGCCGGUUAGCUGUGCACCUGGCCCAUGACCUUCUGUCCCUCUUCUCCAGUGAGGUCAGAGCGGUGCGGGAGCUGGCCAUGCAGCUCUUUGGGGAGCUGCUGAGCCGGGCAGCAGGCAGCGAGAGGCAGCAGAUGAAGCAGGUGGCACGCCAGGGACUGCUGCCCCUCUUCCUGCAUCUGAGUGACCCACACCCCGGGGUGGCACAGGCGGCCCAGGCAGUCCUCGUGGACGCUGCAAAGCUCCUACGCUGGAAGCAGCUCCGGAAGCUGGCCGAGAGAGCACAGAUCUGGGGUAUUGGCGAGUACCUGGUGCGGAAUGCCGGGCCAGUAGCCAGCGAGUAUGUGAGCUGCAGCUGCCGGUACCUGGAGGAUCCCCGGAUGCCCCUGCGGGAGCAGGCGGCAUACUUCCUCGUACUUCAGCGCUUGGAGAAUGACAGCAGCCCCACAGUCCGCUUCCUGGCAACCUUUCAGCUGGUAGUGGAAGGCAAACCAACGGCCAAGGCUGCCGCCAGCAGCUCCCUGCGGGAGAAGGCAGCCAAAGGAGAGCUGCGGAGAAGUAAAGAGCGGCAUCCGGUCAAGCUCCUGCAGAGUCGCGAGGAGCUUCCUCUCCCCAUGCUGUCAGGCUCAGGGGCAGCCCCGAAGCAGGAAGAGACAGAGAAGACGACUGCUGCCAGUUUGCUCCCACCAUGUCCAGGCAGCUCCCCCAGGACAAAGGAGGCCAGUAAGAAGAAACCAACACCUCCAGGCACGUCCACAGCUGCACUCGCUGCACUCGCUGCUCCCGAGGGCUCGAGAAGGCUAGUGCACACGACGAAGGAGGCCAGCAAGCAGAAAUCAAUGCCUCCAGCCAGGUCCACAGCUGUGCUCGCUGUUCCCGAGGGCUGCAGGAGACUCUUGCAGGAAACGUGGAGGCUGUCUGCACAGUGGGAGCAAAAGCAGAGCCUGGGCUCCUUGUACAGGGAGCGACACAAACAAGCACAGGCAGAAUGGGCUGCCUGGAAAGCCUGCCUUGCAGGGGAGGAGCGAGAGCCGGCCCAGCCCACACAGUCUGUCCUUCCUUGGCAGAGCGCUGCCACCGAGACACGUUGCAGUGCAGGCUGGAUCCCUGUUCAGGCCAAGCUCUUGGCCCCACCCAAUCAGCCACAUGCUGACUAA